AUGGCCGAUAUCAUAGUCAAACACGAAGCACUGGAUCUUCAUGAUCUAGAUAUAGAUAGAAAGAGAAAGUCAAAGUCUCCAGCACUAGGCGAUUUCAAGAAAGCUCGUUUUGAUCACGACGAGCAGGAGACCUCCGAGGACAUCGCCAAACAAUACAAGAAGUCGAAGUACUGCCUGGAGGAGUGUGGACUCAAGUAUAUGAAGCGAUUCCUCGAGGAGCUGGAGUCCUUGAGCAAGGAGGGGAUGAAGUUUGCAUUGACGCACUGCAAGUCAAGAGAGGAGCUCGCUAAGUUGGGCUCAACUUUCCCUGAACUCCCUGAGAUAGCUAAUAAGAAUGUUGAGAAGUUACCCGAGGAGAUACAAAACCAGCUUCGAACAAUCGAACGGAAGAUGAAAGACAUCGAGAACGACAUUGAGUAUGUUACGGCACAACAAAAGUAUCUCGGCUUGCGAAAAGAUAUAAUCAAGCGCAUCAACGAGCAGCUCAAGGAUACGUCAGGCAACGAGGAAGAGGAGACUCAAGCGAAGAAAAAGAAGAAGAAGUCUAAGGGUGCAAGAUUUGACCUUUGUUGUUUUGAUUCUUCCUUAUACGACCAGAAACCUCUCGAAGUGUACACGUCGGCUGUGGAUAAAGCAGAAGAGACGUCUACUCAAACUGUCAACGAUGUCGUCCAGAUGUAUAAUAACCAAGAUGACGAAAACAAAACAAGUACAGUCUGUCUCAACGAUAGAAGAAAGUGUCUCAGACAUAACGGUUGGUGGAAUCUCAUUGCGGACGAACUCUGGAAGCGUUUGAGUGAACUUCAAGAAUCGCUCGCUGUGUUGGAAAACGAAAAGCAAGAUACAGUGAGAGAGUACAGUAUUCAGGUCUACGAAAAAGAUUCAUGA